UCGACCCCCUCAAGCAGCCAAUGGGAGGGCGAGGCGAGCCGCGGGGGCGUGGCUCCUCGCCGGGACUAGCGCUGGGCUCGACGGCGCGGCCGCUCCGACGGCACCGGCAGCGCGGGGAGCGAGGCGGGCGAAUUGGAUUCUACCAGAUCACAGAGAUCGUGGGUGGUGCUGCAUGUAUCUUUGGAGAUGAACUUCUCACAGGUGGCCUAGAUCCAUGCGUUCACUUGCUGAUGUCCAGCUGGUUACACCAGGAGCUCACUUGGCGAAGUGCCUGAGACUCGCAGCAGCGACUGAAGUCAGAAUUUACAAGGAAGGAUGAAAGACCGGCUAAACGAGCUGCGUGAAUUUGCCAGGUUACACAACCCUGAGUUUUCUGAUACUGAGGAUGACGAAAAUUCACCCCGCGACAUUCUCCUUUAUGAGACUGAUUAUGCCUUGGAAACUCUUCAUAAAGAUAUACAGACCAUCCGGACAGAAAAUGACCUCCUAAAAGAGGAUGUCAAGCGUCUCAAAAAGCAAAACAGCCGCUUCCUGACUUCCAUGCGCCGUCUCAGUAGCAUCAAACGAGAUACUAAUGGUAUUGCCAGAGACAUCAAGGCCCGUGGAGAAAGCAUCCACAGGAAACUCCAAAUAAUGAGAGAUUUCAGUGAAGAUGCGAUAACAAAAUAUGGGGUUAUGUCUGUCAUUGCCAGGGUAGCAAAGAACCACUACGUGGACCUCAUGCAUGCCUUUCAGGAAGCUAUGUUUGAAUACAACGCAACAGAGAUGAACCAACGGGAGAACUGCAAGAUACGAAUUCAGCGGCAGCUAGAGAUCAUGGGCAAGGAUGUUUCUGGCAACCAGAUUGAGGAGAUGAUUGAGCAAGGCAAGUGGGAUGUCUUCUCUGAGAACCUCUUGUCUGAUGUUAAGGGGGCUCGCUCAGCCUUGAAUGAGAUAGAGACACGUCAUAAGGAGCUGGUGAAGUUAGAAAGUCGCAUCAAGGAGGUUCACGAGCUCUUUCUGCAGGUGGCCCUGCUGGUAGAAGAACAGGCAGACACCUUUGACGUCAUUGAGAUAAAUAUGCAAAAUGUUGAGGACUACGUAGGAGACGCCAAAGAACAAGUGAAAAAAGCUUUAGAAUACAGAAGAAAACACCCUUUACGAACAAUCCUCUGCUGCUGCAUAUCAUGUUGCCGAAGGUGACUAUCCUACUGAAGCUACCACGGACCCACCUGAAUGUCUUCAAAUUCUGAUAUUCUUUCCAAUGAUUUUUCUUUAAUGACAACCCGUGGAAGUACGGGGGCUAUUGUGCAGUUGUUUGUUUUGUAAUAUAUUCCUAAAUGUGCUUAAAGGUAGUUCUAUUUAUGGGCUACUAGAAAUGUUGAUAAAGCUAUUUUUAAUUAUUUUAA